AUGGACGCCAUUGAAAGCCUUCUUCGUAGGGCUGAGGGGCAAGGGGUCAAAAUUUCUGGUAUUAAGCCGAUUGCCGUCCCUGGCCGUGGAAUUGGGGUGGUGGCUAUUCAUGACAUCAAAGAAGGGGAUGCCAUCAUGACCGUACCGAUCGAGGCUAUUCGCAGCCUUCACACGAUCCCGGAAGAUAUAUCUUGCCAACUUUCACCAGAAAUGACGAUCCAUGGCCUUUUGGCUGCCGAGCUUGCACUCCAUCGUAAUCCUACGGCAGACUGGGCUGGUUUGGUACCACAAUGGACAGAUUUUGAAGCCACCGUCCCGAUGCUAUGGCCCGAAGAACUCCAACUGCUUCUCCCUGCAGAGGCCAAGAGAAUUUUGGCCAAACAACUCGCGAGAUUCAAAAUCGAUUGGGAUACGUUCAGAAAGGGCUUUCCGAACCAAGAUCGGCGAGAUUACCUGUAUGCCUGGCUGCUUGUCAAUACAAGAGCAUUUUAUUUCGACAUGAAUAAUAUGAUGUCAUACCCGUGGCACGACCGACUGGCGUUACUUCCGGUUGCUGACCUCUUCAACCACGCAAAUACAGGUUGCAUUGUAUCACUUAUGACGGAACACUAUAUCAUUACUGCAGACCGCCCUUAUCGUGCUAGUGAGGAGAUGUGCAUAUCAUAUAGAGACCACUCCAACAACUAUCUAAUAUCCGAGUACGGAUUUCUAUUAAGAGACAAUUAG